AUGCAAGUCGAAAGUGUGUCUCAAGGUUCCGCCUGGGACGAAGUCAGAAUUAUCACUCCUUCUCCUAUCCUUGGUUAUGGAUAUCCCGAAGAAGACUUGUGGAGAGGUGUGGAGGAAUUCAAUGCGGAUGCAAUCAUUGUUGAUGCUGGCAGUACGGACGGAGGUCCCGACGACCUUGCACUAAAUCAUACCGUUGUCUCAAAGGAAAUGUACGAGCGAGACUUGGCUCCAAUGAUUGAUGCGGUUUACACGCGUGGUCUGAAAUUGCUCAUUUCCUCCGCUGGUGGAGCUGGACCGAAAGCCCACGUUGAUUUCUUGAAAGAGAUCAUCACCGAUCUCAUAAAUCGCAAGAAAUACACAUUGAAGGUCGCGACUAUCUAUACCGAUGUAUCUAAAGAAACUGUCCUGCAAAAACUCAAAGAUGGAAAGAUUUCACCUUGUGGCGAAAUCCCUCAAUUGAAGGCGGAAGACGUGGAAAAGACCGAUGCUAUUGUAGCUCAGGUAGGACAUGAGCCCUUCUUAAAGGCCCUUCGUGAGGAUCCUGAUAUUAUCAUUGGCGGUCGAGCAUAUGACCCUGCACCUUUUAUCGCGUAUUGCCUUCAUCGUUUAGGAAAAGUAUCUCAUCCCACUGCAUGGCACAUGGGAAAGAUCAUGGAAUGUGGAGGUAUUUGUGCCAUACCCAAAGGAAAAGUGAUCCUGGCUACGGUCAAAGCAGAUAACUUUGAGCUUCUGCCCAUGGCUCCUAAUACACGCUGCACCGAGCUAUCCGUCGCUGCUCAUACUUUGUACGAAAAGACUCGGCCGGAUUUGCUAGCUGGUCCGGGAGGAAUACUCAAUAUUUCGGAAGCGAAAUAUCAACAGAUAUCUGCUCGCGGGGUGCGAGUUUCAGGAGCUGUUAUCGAACGCAGACCUACCGCUUUCAAGCUGGAAGGUGCACGUCAAGUUGGAUUCAAGACAGUCUUCCUCGGUGGGAUCCGUGAUACCAUUUUGAUCAAUUGCAUUGAAGAAUUCACUAAGAAGACCUGGGAUCUGACAGCUCGGAUGUUCCCUGUUCUCAAAUCUGAUCCAGAAGUUCAUCAAUUACAGUGGAAAUUUUACGGGAAAAACGCUGUCAUGGCGCAUCUGGAACCUUGUUCACCUGAACAUGUACAUGAGAUCGGUCUUUAUGGGGAAGUACUGGCACCAACUCAACGCUUGGCAAAUGCUAUUGCAAACUGUGCGCGAGUUGGUAUCCUUCAUGGUGCAUAUGAAGGUCAGGUGGCGACUGCCGGUAACUUUGCCAGUCCUGGUACUCCUCUUGAGCUCGCCGCUGGCCCAGCUUGCGAGUUCACUAUCUACCAUCUUAUGGAUGUAGAAGAUCCUGAAGACUUCCCGGUUGAUCACUUUGUUGUUGGAGAUGGCUCAGUUAAAAGACCUACCAGACCAAUCAAGACACAUGAUAUCAACGGGCAACAAACUAAGGAACUCAUCCCUCUUAAUCCUGAUCCAGCAAUCAAUACCCAUCUUUACGGAGGUAAACCUUUCUACCUUCCCGAUCUUGCCCGUGUUGUACGUUCGAAAAACUCCGGACCAUACGAGAUUACCUUCGAUGUCAUGUUUGCUACGCCUGAAGAUUACGAAUUCGUCAAAAAGCUUGAUGUACUGAAUAAGGACUUUGUCAAGAAAUCCUGGAAAGCUGAGGGUGAUGAAAUUCUUGCACUCAUGUGGUUCAGACCUGCUUUGGCCUGGAAGUGUACAAUUAAGCGAAGUUGGGAUCAAGGAAGUUUCGGGGAAAGAGAUACGUUUGGAACUGCUCAGCACGCUCCAUUGAUGAUGUUGAGACUGGGCAACGGGUUGCCAAAUUGA